AUGCCGGUCAUUUUGCAAGGAAUUGUCCGCGUGGACGGGGCUCGUAGCGAGUCGGGUUCGGUGCAGCAGCCGAGGGCUCGACAGGGUUCUAGUCGACAAACAUUUCGGGGCACUCAGAGGCAGCAGCAGCCUCACUUCCAUCAGACCACUUCAGCUCAGGAAUCUCAGGCCGAGAGAGGAGCGAGUUCAUCUACGCCUACUCAGGGUUCCGGUCAUCAGGGUGGACAUGUUCAAAGUCAGACUACGCAAGGGAGAGCUUUUGCUAUCACUUAUGCUAUUCCACCUCCACCACCUUUUAUCACCUCUCAGACCCCGGAGACUUUGGUUGUGAGGGGUACAUUUCUUUUGUUUAACUUAUUUGCUAGAGUGUUAUUUGAUUUUGGGGCAUCACAUUCAUUUAUUGCUACAUCUUUUGCUUGUGCUUUGGAAUUGGAAAUCGAAAGUAUCAAUCCUCCAUUAUUCAUUGAGACACCCAUAGGGGGUAGAUUACCGUUAGACCAUAUUUGCCGGGAUUAUUGCUUCAAGCGUCGGGUUCGUAUUUGUUCGCCUAGGGGUACUUGUUUUGAAUUCUUCGGGGAAUGUUGGGAACCGUUAAAGCCGUAUUUGUGUGGGUCUAAGGAACAAGAGUCGGUGUAUGCUUUAUUAGCGAGUUUGGCCUUAGAUGAGGAUGUAUCCGAGCGUGGGGAAUUACCCCUUGUUGUUUGCAAUUUUCCGAACGUAUUUCCGAAGGAGUUACCCGAUUUACCACCCGAGAGAGAAAUCCAAUUUACUAUUGACUUACUUCUUGGUACCCCUCCUAUUUCCAUACCUCCUUAUCAUUUUGCACCUGCUGAAUUGAGGGAAUUGAAGACUUAG